UCUUCUUCUUCUUAUUCUCCGUGUCAAGCAACGUGAGGCGCGUUACCGCCACCUUCUGAGCAGGAGUGGGGGUCAAGUCAACCAAUCAGGAGAAAGUGUCGAGACAGCACAAGCCUUUAAAUCCCCAGCUUUUGUCCCUGGGGCCAGGACUUCACCCCCCUCCCCAUAUAAAUAGGGGCAUCCAACUUCUUCUCUGCUACACUGUGUGUGUGGAUUCUGUGCCAGGCCAGAAAACGUCCAGUGGGCAAAACAUGUCGCAGUACUCCGGGAAGAUCACCUUCUAUGAGGGGAAGUCUUUCACUGACAGGAAGCUAGAGGUCAGAGGAGACUGCGACAACUUCCAAGACUGUGGCUUCAUGAACAGGGUGAACUCUAUCCGUGUGGAGAGUGGGGCCUGGAUCUGCUACGGCCACCCGGACUUCAAGGGCCAGCAGUACAUCCUGGAGCAUGGAGAGUACCCAGAAUUCCAGAGGUGGAACUCCCACAAUGACCAUAUGGGAUCCUGCAGGCCAAUCCACAUGCAUGGUGAGCACUAUCGCAUCGAACUCUUUGAGGGCUGCAACUUCUCUGGCCAGUGUGUGGAGAUAUGUGACGACUGCCCCUUCCUGCAGAGCCAUGGGUUUUCCAAGAACUGUAUCAACUCAGUGAAGGUCUAUGGAGACGGAGCUGUGCAUCUUCCUCAGCCUCGGGUCCUCGACCAGAGGCCUGGCAGUCUGAGGGCUCUGUGCAGUACUUAGCGCUGCACUCCUCUGGACAGAGCUCUGAUGUUGUUCCUGGGAUCUGUUGGAGUCACAGCUCCGAGCGCUCCUACCACCACUUUGGCCUCCACCU